CAAUCCAAAGAGGCAAAGACGAACGUUAACCAUCGUGGCAUCGUCUUCAACAGUUCAACCUCCUCCUCAGCCGAAACCCCAUUUUCUGAGUCGCGAACAUGGUCUCAGCCUACGCUCUCUUCACACACCCUUUCCCCACUUCUUCUUCUUCUUCCGUUGAUUCUCUCUUUUCAUACCCACCCCCUCCUCCUUCCAACGCAACCUUCCGUAGCCAUGAAUGGUUUCCUCUGCUAAAGCUCGCUAAAACCCCAAAACCUGAACCAAACCCCUUACUACCCCAACUGCGUCUUGGACCCAAUGCACAGUUUCUUCUCCAAUGCAGCUCCAAUCCGGUCACCGCCGAUAUAGGGACGGUCUUCUCGCUCUUACAAGCAGUUGGAAUAGACGAGAAAGAAACAAAAGUGCUUUUGGAGAAGAAUCCAGCUCUGGCUUUGACGUGUUUGGAUUCAUUACGAGCUCGGAUUGAGUGCUUUAAUUCAGUUGGACUUGAUGGGCUUGUGCUUUCCAAUUUGAUCACCAAAUGUCCGAAUUUGUUAACUGCUGAGGAGAUUGAUCCCUUUUUGAGUUUUGUCCGUCAUGAUAUGGAAGCCAAAAUUGAGCCGGGACAGCUGAGGAGACUUUUUCGGGCAGCAGACGUUAGAUUCUUGGUGGGAUUUGGUUAUAAGGUAGGAUUGCUUGUUCGUCGCGGAGUUCCGGAGGAGAAGAUUGUUGAUGUUCUCAACAAGGUGAAUCUAUACAAGGCAUUGUGUCUCAAGUCAGCUGAGGAAAUUGAUAGGACUAUCACAUUCUUGAACCGUUUUGGUGGGAUUGACUUGAUUGUGAGGCGUCCAUCGCUACUGAACUAUGACUUGGAGACUCAGCUGGCUCCGAGAGUUGAGUUUCUCACUGAGGUUAGUGGCGGAGAUGAAAAUGCCACAGGGGUUUUGUUGGGGAAGCUUCCUGCAAUUUUGAGCUACACUGUGGAUCACACGAAGGGCCAUGUAGAGUUGUUGAGGUCAUUUGCUGGUUUAAGUGAUGAACAGAUAUUCAAAUUCUUGCUAGUUUUCCCCAAUGUGGUUAGUGCCAGCAGGGAGAGGAAAAUGCGUCCGAGAAUUAAGUUUCUCAAGGAAUGUGGGUUGAGUUCGAAUGAUAUCUACAAGUUCUUGAUCAAAGCCCCAUUGUUUCUAGGCUUGUCGUUUGAAGACAACAUUGCAUAUAAGCUUGUGUUUUUGGUGAAGAUUGGGUAUAGAUAUAGAACAAGGGACAUGGCAGCAGCAAUGGGAUCUGCCACCAGAACAAGCUCUGAUAAUUUGCAAAGGGUGAUUGAGUUGUUCUUGAUUUAUGGUUUUUCGUGUGCCGACAUUGUUGUCAUGAGCAGGAGGCACCCGCAGAUACUGCAGUACAGUCAUAGUGCGUUGGAGAAGAAGAUGGAGUACUUGAUAAAUGAUAUGGGUCGUGAAAUCGAAGAGUUAUUAGCCUUUCCUGCAUUCCUUGGUUACAAGCUUGAUGACAGAAUUAAAGCCAGGUAUGAAGUGAAGAGGAAGAUUUUGGGGGAAGGAAUGUCACUGAAUAAGCUCUUGACUGUUUCAUCUGAGAGUUUUAAACCAAAAACUCCUGCUUAUGUAAUUGAUCUGAACGUGGAAUGAAAGUUCAGUUCAUUCAGCUGCCUUGUUAUGACUUAUACCUUGUGAUUCACAAAGCACCA